AUGCCCAUCGUCGAGAUUGACUACUGUACCCACAAAGAGCACAGUCUUGCGGGUAUUCCCUAUCGGGACAAAAGACGUACCACCGGCUGUAGACUUAUUCGGUCCCUUGGGAUUAUCCAUCAAUCCGCGUUGCGACGGGCCUUGCUACCAGGACGCGGCUCCUUACAUAGGCCCUUCCGCGUCAGCGGGAUCCAGGCGCUGCCCGCCCUCGCGGCCUCUGUGAGCAAUGACCGUCUUUACAAAGCUGGGGGCCACGAGUGCAAGGCGAGGGUCAACCCUCGGUUUUGCUAG